AUGGCAGAGGGCCACGAGGACUACGAGGGCGUGGACCUUAACAAGGUUGAGGCUGACGACCUUGAGGAGCUCAUGCUUGACGACGAUGAGGUAGGAGUUGUUGAUGGCAUGGGAUAUGCUGAUGAGGCCCAGUCGCGGAAGGACAAGGAGGUGGAGGACGAGCAGUUUGCAACCGACGAUGUGUGCGGACCGGAAGAUCUGAGUGACUCGGAAGGCGAGUCGGACGAGGACCGCGGCGAGGAUGAUGAUGGAGGUGAGGAAGAGAAUUGCGAUGGUGAUGCUGGCGAGUUUGGAUCGCGCAAAAAGUACCGCGUCAAGCGCAGGCGCCACGGAAGGCGGCGGCGGUCGCGCAAGUCGCGCAAGUCGCAGAAGAGCGACGAUGGCGGCGCGGUGGUGAAAGAGGAGAGGGAGGUCGAGUUGGAGGAGGAGAACGUGAUACCGACGGCGGAAGGCAACGGCGAGUCGCGGCGGCGGAAGAGACGGCGGCGGUCGUCGCGCAAGCCCAAGGGCGACGCUGGCAGCGGGGCCGAGGUGGCGCAGCAGGUCACCGGGGCUGCGGCGGCGCCGCCGAUUGAGAGUGAUGACGACGAGUGGCAAGAGGAAGCCGCGGCUGCGGGCGCAGUGGCACCAAGCGAGCCGUCGACAGCGGUCUCGCAUGUCACCGGACAGCACUGGGAGCAGCUGCGCAAGACGUUUCGGCAGGGCGCCCAGAUGGCGUCUGUGCUCGAGGGGUGGUACCCCGGUGUGCGCGGGUCAACGCUGGCGCACAUCUACGAGCUUGGACACCACCGGCCGUCGGCACAUCUCAUCCCGGCGCUUGCCUCGCACGGGCUCGGAUACGCUGACCUUGCGGUAGAGCGCAACACGGGUGAGCUGCGGCCGGUGUACUCGCGGUCAACGUUUGCAGUCCGGCUGACGACGGCGCUCGGCGUGCCGACGCCCGGCAACUAUGCAGAGAUUCUGGAGCGCAAGGCGCGGAUCUGCCUCUUUGACGGCGAGUCAAUCCUCUCAAACAUCCACGUGGUGGUGGCGACGAAAGAUUCGCAGUUCUCGGCCGAGGUUGGAACGACGACGCGGAUCCGUGAGCAGUGGAAGUUUCCGCGGCACGGCGGGUUUGUGCCGUCGUCGGAGGAGCAUGACAACGUGCUAGUGGUUCGGUUUCCGGCGCCGCCGUCUGUGGAGGCUGCGUCGCGGAUGUGUCUUCUUGUCGAGCUUGCGAUGGUGUUUGUCCGUCGCGGCGAAGUCGACGCUGCGCACCCGCAGGGCCGGAUCAUCGAGUCUGGCGAGGUGUCUGCAGGAUGGACAACGCUGCCGCUGUUUCCGGACCGCGACGGCAAGCUGGUGGACCUGUCAUCAUACACGCUUCCCCUGCACGGCGGAUCGCCGCAAGCGCCCACAACCCUCAUCUCGCAGCAGGAGAUCGAGGCGCAGCGGAUCCCGAUGUGGAAGGUGUUCUCAAAGCGGGCGGGGCCCAAGCUCAAGCUGAAGCUCGGCUCGCUCUCGCGGUCGCACAUGCACGCGUCGGGCUUCCUGCCGUCGACGUUUCUGGCGUCGUUUUCGACGCUGCCGCUGCUGGUGCUGUUCCGGCAGCUGCUCGCGGCGCGGCUGCUUGGGCCGAGCGGCGGGGCGGGCGAGGCUGGGGACAGCGGCGAGGCGAGCCGGGCGACGGCGGUCUCGUACGAUCCUGUGCUCACGCUCUUCCCGAUGAUGCUUGACGAGCCGGACAUGAUCGAGUGGCUGGAGAUCAUGUGGGCGGCCAAGACGCGGCACAUGACCAAGUCUGAGCGGCGGAGUGUGGGAGCGGCCGGCCCGGUCUUUUCGACUAUGAUCUCUGAACUCUGGCCGCUGUUCUACGUUCACUUUCUGGCACCGCUCGGCAACCCAGAGCCGCAUGUCCGGCGCGAGCGGCUGGCGUUUGUAGAGGACUUUGUGCAGGAGCCUGUGGCGCGGACGGCGCUGGAUCCUGGCGCGUAUAACGUGUACCAGCCGUUCCACAUCGAAGAGGUGGCCUUUGAUCCGCUUGCUAACCUCGGCUCUGCGUGA